UAACACACGCACGCCACUAUAUCAGCUCGCGACUUCACGGGGAGCCAGAGGGGAGUGCAGAGAUGAAUGUGAAGAUCCUCACGCUGGUGAUUGUGCUGCUGGUGUCUCUGCUGUGCUCUGCCCGCGCUGGGCCCAUGGCCUCCACAGAGCCAGUUAAAACGGUGGAGGAAGAGGGCAGUGUGAGGAAGCUGGUACAGCAGAACCCAGUCAGGACUGCUCCAAACCACAGACCCGCCGGCUGGAAGAGGAGACGCCCCCGACCCCGCCUGUCUCACAAGGGGCCAAUGCCAUUCUAGAGCAGGCCAUGGCUGAAAGCGCCCUCCCCCAGGUUUCCAACUUCUGCGCUCUUCCUCUGCCUCGGGGAACCUUCCCACACGGGGCUCAGCAAGGCCUGAAGAGGGAUGUCCUAUGCCGCACCUCCUGGUCCUUCUAGCGACUCUUCGACCGCCCAGAAAACCCAGACAAGCU